AUAUCAUCGUAGGAUAAGACCAAAAAAAAGAGUAAAUAGUAGCACACCCCAUCAACAAUAUAUAAAAUUAAUAAGAAGGCUAAGAUAAGAACAAUACAAAGUGGAUUGUGAUCUAUCAUCUAUCCACUGUGAUGUAGGAUUGUUUGAUUUUAUACAAAAAAAAUUAAGCAACAAAAAUGGGUUCUCUUAUGGCAGGAUGGGGUUCUUCCUCCAUUGAUCCAAAAUCAGCCACACUUAAAAGGAACCAGUCACUCACUAAAGAUGAAAUUGAUGCUUAUUGGAAAUCAAAGAAGAAAAUAGAGGAAGAACACCUUAGAGCCAUUUCCAAUCUUUCAGAGACUAUUCAGGGUAACAAAUACAAUGAUCCUGAAAAGAAGAUUCAGAGGUCAAUGACUAUGCCUGUGACCCAUGUAAGGGACUCUAAUAUGGACGUACUUGACACAAGUUUGGAGCAACUUAUCAACAAAAAUGGCUGGUGGACAAAGAGUAGCUGGGCAUUUCUGAAUGAGCCUCCAUUGAUGGAAGCUGCUUCAAACAAAUAUGCAGCUCAGUUUCAUGUUGCCAACUUGGGACCGUCAAAAUUGAAUCCUGAAGAUGAAAUUAGUGCUUGAUCAUAUAAAUCUAACUAAACACUAAAGCAUGUAUAUAUUAAUUGAUCAAUCAAGCGAUUAAUCAGUAUUUAUGUCUACUUCAAUAUAAGAUGUCUAGUGUUGUAACAAUAGUGGUGUUCGUUUUUGGAGUCUCGUGUUGCGAUGUAAGAAGCUUAAUGUAUGUUAAUCAACGUGUGUUUCCUGCUUUGUUUGAAGAGUGUAAUGAAAAUACCGAAACAGUGUGUUCAUUUGAUAGAGA